AUGAAACAAAUCCACAUCCGAUGUGGUGUAGUGGCUAUCAUACUGCGCUUUCAUGGUUAUCGUGUAAGCACCGCAGGGAUCGGGGUUCGAUUCCCCGCAUCGGAGAUGCUUUUUUUUGUCUUCUCUUUUUUUGUCCUUUGGACUCGGCAUGUGUGUGCCCGCCACAUUCCUCUUUUCUGCUGUUUGUCUUCCUUUUCUUUUCUUUUCUCUUUUUUGCCUUCGACUUAG